UCCACGGCGCCGCGCCGACACCUCACCCCCAAGCCAGGAAUACAAGAUAGCCUUUGAGAUUGUUUAGUCACGGAAGCCAACGCAAAGAUGGGCACCUCGCCGCCACUCCACCCAACCCAACAAGAAAAACACACAACCCCAACCACCGCCAAACACCAGCCGCCGACGCCGCCGCUAAACCCAAACCCAAUGGAGCUUCCGGAAGAACUCAUCGUCGACAUCCUCAAACGGCUUCCCCCCAAAUCCCUCGUCCGAUUCAGGUGCGUCUGCAAACCAUGGUGCUCUCUGAUUAAAAGCCCGAGUUUCGUCCAAGCCCUUCUGAAGAAAAACCGAGCCAUGUUCCAAUCCGAGCUGGGAACCAGCACCCGUGUGAUUUUGUCGCGUUACUGCGACACCCUUUUGUCAAUGGAGUCCGAAAACAACAGUGUUGUCGAGACUGUCGAGCUUGACUUCGAUCUGGUUCGGAACUUGCCGUAUUACGUAAAGGGACACUCCGAUGGGCUGCUCUGUGUGGUUAUCAAUGAUGGGAUCGAGGGUGUGGCUGUAAUUUACAACCCGACGAUCCAGGAGUACCGGAAGCUCCCUUCUCCUCAGAAUUUCAGAAGUACGAGGGAGGUGCUGGGUUUGGGUUACGAUGCCUCAAUCGAUGAUUACAAGGUUGUUCGAGUCCCGUCGAACUAUUGCCGGCUGAAAGUUGCGGGUUACAAGCCGCAAGUCGAGGUAUUGGAACUAAAAACCAAUUUCUGGAGGAAGAUUCCAGACGAGGAUACGCCGCCGUUUUUCAUUGAGCAUAUUUUCCAAUCAACGGAAGUGAAUGGCGGGUUGUAUUGGAUGGCAGAGGACCACAAUUCGGGAAGGUGCCUGAUCCUUCGAUUCGAUUUGGCCGAGGAGAAGUUUAAGGUGGUGCCGCCACCGCCAGAUGAGAGUGGUCGGAGUAUAGCAUGGAUUGGAUCUUUGAAAGACCACCUUUGUGUUGUCCACACUCGGAGGUUGAGUGAUGUUCAUGUUUGGGGAACAAAAGAUGACAAGAACUGGAGUAAGAUCAUCACCACUUCGAAGUUUCCAAGGAUUCCGACCAAAGACCCGUUCCUCGAUUCGUUUCGGUACAUGCCGCUGUCUUUUACCAAGAAGGGAGCUUUGCUGAUGAGCGUUGGAGGGGAGAGGUUUGUGACAUUAGAUACAAAAGACAAUACAUUCGAACACGUCGACAUCAAGGGUGCGAAUCAUUGGCUGCAGGAGACAGUGUAUUGCGAGACUCUUGUUUCGCCCGGUUGUGGUGUGAAUCCGACAGAGUCGGCGGCGGGGUUGGGGUUGGAUGUUGGUGCGUCAGAGGAAGAGGAAGAGGACCAAUCAGACGGGGAAAGCGCGAGUAAUAGCCUCAGGCAAUUGCUGCUUGGUUUGAAGAGGGAAGUUCAUAACUUGUUGGCUUGUACCGUUAGCCACAGGAAUAUCAGAGAUGCGGAUUGAGAAGACUGCAUACUUGACUACACAAAACAAUUUGAUUAGUUUUGAAUACCGUCGCAGUUGCAGUCGCAUCCGCUGCAGGAAAGUUCCUCUCCAGCAUGUUUGCUGGUAUAAGUGUUGUGAGUUUGUUGCUUAUAACCCACAAGAUCUUCUCUUUUCUUUUGUAAUAGACAGAGGCAACAAAUUGUAUGUGUUAAGUCAACGAGUUGUAUGUGUAAGUCAACUUUUAUAUAUAAUAUGCUAUGUUAUGUUGCAUUUAU